AUGAAGACGUUAGUGGUGAUAUUUUCUUUGGCGAGUCUUGCGUUAGCGGCUCCCGCAACUCAACAUGAGGGCACCAAGAUGAUGGCAAGCAAGAAACCAGAAUUUAUCAAAAGAGAAAAGAAGUCUCCGCAGGACGACGAAUCGCUUUUCUCACAAACAUCUGCGCUUGAAUCGCUACCAGAUGUCUUCGACAGUGAAAACGAAGCCCCGGUUCCUUCUGCUAGAAGCCACUUUGGUUUCAAAGUUCCGAUUUUAGUCAAGAAAAAAACUGGCUACCAUUACUAUCGAGACUCUGAUGAAGAACGCGCUGCUGCUGAUCCCCAGGAAAAUUGUGGAAGUCAUAUGAGAUUUAAGUUAUGUAAUUCCCACAACAUUGACAAGUCAAGCAAUAUGAGAGCAGCUUUGAAUGAGCAAUUUGUUGGAAAUCCUAACAACGACGUCGAAAGCAGUUUGCAAGUGGCAAAAGAAGCAAUUCAGACCUUAGAGCAAAAUAUGCAAAAAUUGGAACAAAACGGCAAUUGGAAACAUGGACAAUCCGAUCUAGAUACAAGUAUGCAUCAAAAUAUAGAAGCUGUAAGACAAGCUUUGCAAAAUGUGCAGGGACGGGUAGGAAAAUUAGAAUCAAUGAGUUUACGAGCAACAACAAUAAAGGAUAAGAAUGCUUUCAACGAUAUGAACAAAGGUAAUACUGAAGAAGAAAGAUUAGCUCAAUGGAAGGAAGCUAUGGAGAAUAUACAGAAGAAUGUUGAAUUAGCAAGUAAUAUUGAAGAUAGUUUCAAAUCUGCCAAUAAUUGGCGAAUGUCUGAAGUUGUAGAUACAACAAAACUGAUGAGAAGUCAUGACGCAGGACAGAAAAACCAUGAUAAAAUAGCUAGAGGUGGUGCCACAAUCAACAAACGUGCUGAUGAUGAUAAAAAUUUUAAAUUUGACCACCACAAGACUUUAGAGAAGCGUACCAGUGAGAAACAUAAUCUUGAAAUGACAGCAGCUGCAUCAGAACAGAUAAAGAAUCCUGUCGAGCAUAUUUCAACAGCAAAAAUAGGAAAGUCAGCUGAUAUGUCACUUAAUGUCCAAAGUCAUGGUCUACAUGUGAAUCACAAUUCUAAUCCCGAAUUGAAAAAUGAUAAAAACACUGAAAAACAUUCAUUGUCUGCUCCCAUUGAUAAGCAUCACAAUCAUGAUCACGUUGAGCAUAUGAAAGACCCAUCUUUAAGAAGUUUGGAAAAUAAGCUUCUUAAUUUACAUGCUCAAAAUAUGCAAAAUCGUAAUACCGACGAACAUGAAGCAGCUAAAAAAGUUUGGGAAGGCACGUCUGGGCAUCAUAUGCAAGGAAAGAAUAACUUGGAAGAGACAAAGCACGGAGACACUGUUCUGAAAAUAGGAGAACAUAAGAAUAUAGCUAUGGAAAUAAAAAAUACUCCUGACCACCAUACUUUAGAUAAACAAACUGAAAUAGUUCCGGUCAAAACAGAUAAAAAACAUAUAGAAACAAAAGAAGCGUUAUUAAAGGGAACUAAAAAAGAAGCAAUUGAUAUGCACAAUGAAGCCACGCAAAAUGAAAAGCAUGAAAUCCAAAUGAAACAUUCAGAGUUCGAUCUGUCAAUGCAUAAAAAAAGUCCGCAUAUGUCUGGUCAUUAUAUGCACAUGCCAGGUCACGAGUUCGAGAUGCAUGGUGGUAAGCACUUUGAAGGACACGAUUUGAAGAACAUGCACGGAUCUGGUAUGUAUAAGCCAGGAUAUGGGAUGCAUAUGAAAGAACAUGGUAUGCAUAUGCCAGGACAUCAAAUGCAUAUAGGAUUUGACAUUCAACAUAGCAAAGGUAUGAAACACGGAAUGCACGGAAAGUCUUCUGAUUUGGAUUCUCCCAUGCAAGAAGGUAAUCAACAGAGUAUGUCGGAUGUUGCUGAAAAGUCGGCGAUGGAUAGUAUGUCUCAAUGGAAACAUCAUGACCUUGCUAGAUCUUCAUAUGGACCACCUGCUUACUCUGCUGGUGGAUUAAACUUAGCUGGGGCAAGUGGUCUUGAUUUAGUAGGUGCUGGAGGAUCGGGUGCUCUUGGUAUUUUUCCAAAUGCCAAAGUUGGUGGUUGUGCCAUUCCGUUGCUUCUCGGUUGCUCCCCAACAGUAGUACCAGGUAGUCUGGCUAAAUCUCACUCAGGUUAUGCCGCACCUGCUUACAGAGAUAGUGAUGAUUUGAAAUUCAAGAAAAAGCGUGACGUUAUUAAAACUAGCAAGAACACUACAAAAAGUAAAAUGAAUCACGUUAUGGUAAAGAAGAAUACGAAAAUUUUGGAGACCUUAGCUUAA